AUGAAUGCACAGGGCGAAGAGGAAAGCGAAUCUGAGAAGUACAUUUUCAGCUUCGCGCCGAAAGUGAGUGCCGGGUUAGACCAUUUCGCAUGCGUUGGGUAUUAUAAGAACAAGCCAACUGUGUUCUGCUGGGGAGGGAAUACGAGCAACCAGUUAGGGGUAGGUAUUAACACAAGGGAGUGCAAAGAACCCACACCGGUUCCAUUCUUCGAAGAUUUGUUUGUCUCCUCUGUGUGCUGUACCUAUUACUGCACAUUCGUUUUAGCUAAGAGGAAUGCAUUCGAUGUGGGGUGUUCUGUGUACUCCUUCGGGAAGGGCAACAAUGGGUUGCUGGGGUUUAGGAAGAAGAGGAUUGUUCCUUCGAAACGGGUAGAUACGCAUGCGGGGGGGAAGGAGAAGCUACUGCAGAAGCUGAACAAGAAGGUGGACCAAACGUUGUUGGACGCGUUUGGGGUUAGCAAGGGGAGGGAGCCAUCUCCCCCAGUGGGGCAUAGUAACAACCGUAGCGAUGGUAGCAAUGGUGGUGACAGUAGCCGUGGUGGUGACAAUAGAAGUGGUGGUGAUCGUAGCGGAGAUGACUUGCUCCACUUUGACGUAGAAAACAUUUCGAGUGAAGAGGGUUCUGUUGGGGAAGCAGCUCUGGGGGAGGACCCCUCUGAGAAGGCAGACUGGUUUACCCCCGUACCCAUGAAGGUGAAGUUCCAGGAACGCACGAAGAUUAAAUUCAUAUCCUGUGGGGAUAUGCACACAUUGGCAAUAUGCACCAGGGGGUACCUGUACGGCUGGGGGAGUAACGCCUUUGGGUGCGUCGGGAAUGGAACAAAUGCGAAUGUAUACGAACCGGUUCGUAUCUCUCUGGAGGGAAGAAAAGAAGCGGGUGUAGGGGAUCAGCUUGGAGGAAGUCAAAGGGUGAAUCAUACUACCUUUCCGAAUGAACCCAACCGAAACGUCAUCAUUCACUGCUCCGCCGGGGGAAAGCACAGCCUGGCAUGCACCCUCCGUGGGGACAUCUACAGCUGGGGUUAUGGGGCAAACGGGCGGCUCGGGUUUGGAAAUAUUCAAAGUUACAACAGACCACAGCUGGUGAAGGCGCUCCACAAGAGGAAGCGAAUCAUUUAUGUCUGUGCAGGGAAGUCUCACUCAGGGUGCAUAGAUGCAGAGAACAAUGUAUACACAUGGGGGAAUGGAAAAUAUUUUAAGCUCGGUCAUGGAGAUGAGAACGAUGUGUUAAUUCCGAAGAGGUUGGAAUAUUUGUGUUCCUCCAGGAAGACGUUCAUGCUAUCCUUUGGUACCUUUAAUUCCUUAGCGUUAAGUGCAAAGGGGGAUGUAUUCCUGUGGGGUGUUUUUACGCAAGUAAAAAGGGGAUCCUCUUCCUACACGUGUAAGAUCCCAAAGAAGGUUAAUACGAAUUAUAAGUGCUUGUCUGUGCAUGCAUCUGUGUACUUAUCGCUCGGGGUGACUGUGGUAGGGGAUCUAAUCGUGUUGGGAGAUUGCAGUCGAAUCAUUGCACCUGGAGGGAGUGACGGCCCCUCCAAUGCAAUGUUAAAGGGUAAGCAUGGAGGAGAUUCGGACUCUGCAGACAGCAACGUAGAUGUGCUGAACCACCUCAUUGGAAGGGAAGCAAACUGGAUCGAUCACCUGAACAGGAACAACGAAUUCCCAGUUAGGUAUGUAAAGGAGUUACGAGGGAAGGUACACAUAAAAGAUAUCCUUAGGACGUUCUACAUGCUAGACAAGGAAUCCUCCCCCUCUAGGGGGGGUGAACAACUCAGGUGGGAUGACGAGAGAAACCUCUAUGGUGACGAUGCAACGGAGGGAACGUUUCCAAAGAAAGGACUCAUCAUCAGAUCUAAGGUUAAGAUGAUCGAUGGAAGUGAACACUUUAGUGUGUUCCUGUUACAGAGUGGGAAGAUAUACACUUCUGGGGUUAAUAAAAAUGGAGAGCUAGCCAAUGGAGAGUACAACGUAGGGAAGAAAUUUUCCAUUCCUAUUACGGUGGAAGUAUGUGUGAACAGAAUAGUGAAAAUAGCAUGUGGAUAUAAUUACACCUUAGCGUUGAAUGAAAGGGGGCUAGUCUACGGAUGGGGGAAGAACGAUAAAAGCCAACUCGGCAUAGGAGUAAUAAAGGACUGCUACGAACCAGUGCACAUAAAAUCGCUGAGCAAAGUCAUCGAUGUGUAUGCGGGACAUGACCAUAGCGCUUGUAUAGUGAACAAUACAUUCGAUGAAAAUGCACUGAAAGAGAACUCCAACGAGUUUGACCUGGAGGAGGAAAACCUUCUCCAACAGGGAGAGUUAUACACCUGGGGGAAUGCAGAAAGCGGGAAGGUAGGACUAGGGGCGGACUACACACAGGGGGCCAUACUCCUUCCAAGAAGAAUUAACCUAACGAACAAGGUACACAGAUGUUCCCUAGGGAAUAGUCACACGUUAAUAUUAACCAAUUCGAAUGAGUUGUACGUAUGUGGUAGUGCAAUUAGUGGGAAGUUAGGUCUAACGGAUGUCGGUACAAGUUACAUGGUCAGUUCGCCGAGGAAGGUUUACAUAGAUCCCAGCAUCUACGUCAAAGAAAUGGUUGCAGGAGCGACCUACAGUAUGGUACUCUCCAUGGAUGGGUUCAUCUACCUAUGGGGGGAGUUCAUAAAAAAUGAAGUGUCUUCCGAAGUACCAAUGUUGUAUUCGCAGAUAAGUAACGUCAAGCAUAUCAUCGGUGGGAAGGACAAACACGUUCUGUUCCACACGUAUGACAAUAAGCUUUUCGGAUUGGGUGACAACACACACAUGCAGAUACUGCAUGACGUGAAGGAGACAAGCAUACGUGGGAGACCCAAACUGAUUCCCUACUUUAUGAGAGAUAGAAACAUAGAAACAGCAUACUCAUUUAAGAACGCAACCUUCGUGCAGUUGGAAGGAACCUACGAUCUUUUCGCAUGGGGGUAUACCUCCAACUGUCAUCUAGGCAUAGGGGUGACAAACGCAACUCAUUUGAAGCAACCGAAGAAGGUGGUCAAAAGCUGGGUGACGUAUGAGGAAGCAGAGCCAGGCGGAGACAACGACAGCGAUGUAGAAGCAGAGCAGGGUCUUCUAGGGGGGCCGCUCCAUCCAACCUAUGGUGGCGGCUUGGCAGACGAAGUAGAACUGGUAAGGAGGAGAGUUCUGAAACGGACGCAGUUCGAGGACGACCUCAUUUGUGCUUCCCCCUACCAGGAAGAAGAAGUGGAAAAUAUGAUAAAACGAAUACAGGUCAUGCCACAUCUGCUAAACUGGGAUGCAAUACAGAUGCUACUAAAGAAGGAGAGAUACACCAACAGUAUACAGUAUGUGCGUUCUUUCGAGAGAGACCUAAUAGACAUCUACACGAAACAUAUGGAGGUUCUCCUAAAUUUGCAUUCUCAAGAGAGGAAAUACAACGAAUUGCUUCUGACUUACCAACACUACGUCCUCUCAAAUGUAGUCUUCCUAAAAGAGGAGCGUCCUUCCAUUAUGUUCUCCCAACACACACAGUUGUUAGAUUGCAACAGGGAGAAACUACAACGAUUCGUAUACAUCCUUCAGCAGCAGCCACUGUAUCUGGUUAUUCUCUGCCGGAUUCAUAAUUGCAAGAAUGUGAAGUACGGCAGUGCGGCCUACGCAUAUCACGCUUAUGAGUAUGGUGGGCAAGGGGAAGUCAGCCAAGACUACAAGCAGUUGGAGAAGCAGCCUAACCUGCCUGAGCAGCCUGACCGGGGUGACCGCCGUGCCCCCCAAGACAAACGCAACUUCUACCUCAGCAGCACCCGCAUCCUCUGCUCCUUCAUUUUCGACCUCUACCACGACCUACGAGACGAACGCGUUCGAACCAUCUUUACAAUUUUUCUCAUCAAGCUUGGUGUGGAGGAGAUAGACAACUGCUUACACGUGGAGGCCCUGUUCAGGGAAGACACCUCCAUUUUUUUCCUCCUCAUCAGGAUGCUAUUCCUAAAGAACGAAAUACUGGCAGGCUUCGCACGGUGUCUAGCCGACAUGGGCAACGCUAACUCGUUCGUGAGGUUGCUCGACUCUCUGUCACGUUGUGUCCCUGGGGGGGAAAACGCACAAUUGGCAAAGGGGGCAGCACCACUCGUUUUGGAUUCUUCUCCAAUAAUGGAACCCACCACAGGGGAUGGAUUCACUGGUGACUCCCUCCCCCCUGCUUCGAUCAACCGGGAUGCACUCGCUCGGGCGUCACUCAAUACUGUUCCGCCGAAGAGACAAACGGUGAGUGCCCCCCCGCAAAACCGCUUCAUCGACGAAGCGAACGACCCGCUAGACAAGGAGUUUGCGGCCUUCAUGAAGGGAAAGCUUUCAGAGAAGACAGACCCACUCAAUUUACCCAUUAACAUGUAUAGCGAGUUGAAACCCGUUCAGUAUAGCCACUUGGGGGGAAAACUUAUUGAUCAUCCGCAAGGAGUAGUCCCCCCGCCAACGGGGCAGAACCUAAAUGAACCCACGCCAGCUAGCCAAAAAAAUGUCCUAGUAGAAGUAGAUAUGGUGCACGUCUUCAGAGAGUUAUGCAAGCUGUUCGAAAAAAUGAUUUUUCCAGAAAUUUUUCAAACAGUUGUAAAAAAUCUGUUUAAGCAUCUAUCUCUAUGCGAGAUGAACAGCUACAGUGAGAACCUCUCACAAAAUAGGAUCUUCUAUUUCAGUGGGGAGCACUUUGUGUAUGUACCCUUUUAUCAUUUGCUGCUCAUGGGUAUCUUGCAUCCAAUGUUAGGGAAUGUAGAUAAGCUGGCAGAAAAGUUCUACUUCCCCGUUAUUCCCCCCCACGUCACGAAUUUGUGUAAAAGGGUAUCAUCUAUGUUGGAGGUUUUUUGUAUAAACAGAUAUGACUGCUUGUCGAGGUACAAUCUUAGGGAAAGUUUUGUCUCCGUGAAAUUCAUCCUUGAAAGAACCUUCUGCUCCAUGGUUACAGUGACUAACAUGCUCUGCAGGACGAAGGAAGACGUUUACCUCACCGCGUAUAUUAAUCUGUUCAGUUACCACCUGAGCUUCAGACCUUGCUAUGUAUACUUGAAGGUCUUCCAGCUGUGCCAUUUGUUCAAUCUGUUUUUUCGAUUCCAGAAUUAUCUGUGUCUGUCCUUUGAUGACCCCGCAGUGGAGAUCGUGAACGAGUUCUUCUCCUGGCAAGGGGGGGGAAACGUGCGAAGCAACGUAGAAAACAACGCAGCGCAAACAGGACGCAACGUGGAAGGAACGGCAGGCAACAUCAGAGACGACCUGCCAAGCGAAGUGACCCGCAAAAUGCCCGCCAACGAUGCAGCGCCCCGAGAGCGCAAGGCCAAGCAGAGUGGGAACUUCCUCCUCAGGUUUAUGACAAGGGGGAAGAAGGAGAAGCGGCAUCAGCAAUCUGUGCAGCCCAUGCAAUCUGUACAACCUGUGCAGCCUGUGCAACCGCAAACGAAGACCCAACAUGAGCGGCGCCUCAUUUUCUCGGAGACCCAAAUUGAUUUGUUCGCACAGUGCAAGCUGGUGUAUAACAUCCAGCUUGACACACGCUUCCUAUUAGAGGAGAAGAACAUGAGCAUUUGUGAAUUUACGAGGAUCCCCAUGCCACAGUCCAUGUGCUACCGGAAGAAGACACGCAUACGAAAUAGGGAAUAUCUUUUCUCCAUCAUCCAGGAGUACAAGCAGCCAAGUGAUGAAGUGUAUAUCGUUAGUGAGUGUCUACGAGGGUGUCCCCUCCUCGAACCAUGCAUAGACACCUCCACGUUGUUAGCCAAAUUGAAGGCACUCAGAGCGAAUUUCCUUUCCCUGGCUCAGCAGAAAGAGGCAAAUUUAGUAGGCCUCAUAGACAAAGCGUUAGACAUUUUUAUGUCCAACGAAAUGGUGCACGUAAGUCAUCAGGAGAACAUCCCGCCGAAUUUGUAUACGCACAAAUUUAAACUGAACCAUGCAGGGCAAGCGGGACAAGCGGGACGAACAGAACAAGCGGAACAACCCUUCGAACGCUUUUUUAUCUCCCAACGUGGCAACGAUGGCAACUCCUUUUUCUUCCUAAAGUGGAGAAACAUCGCAGUACAAAUUUGCCUGGAUAUUUUAAAAAAAAAAAAACACCUGAAUUUUUUGCGAAAGUUACAUGAACGGCAAGGUAAAAUUGAGGAGCUAAUUUUUAUGCACCAAAAUGAAGUGAGGAAAAAUAUAGACACUGUGAAGAGGGCGUUGAUCUUCGUUUCGAAGUUGUUCAUUGAGAGACCCAUACUUGUUCAUGCUAGUCUCUUUGGAAAAAAUUUAUUUUUCGUAAAAAUGAAAAUGGAUAAAAAUUCUCGCAGACGAGAGAGGAGUAACUUUUUUUCCUUUUGCAAUACGUCCACUGUUCAUGUGUAUUCGGUGAAGAGGCUACUUCAGGAUGGUGUGUUGGACAACCUGAGUGAGAUGUUACUGCCCGUGGUGGAUUUACUCUCCCUGGAAAUAUUCUUCGACAUUGAAAACGCGCUGAAGCUUAGCUUGGUGCUCGUGGGAGGAGAGGAGCGCAAAGUCCUGCACGUGCAGACGUUCCGGGGCAGGGACAUUCAGCGAAUGUAUAGUCUCUCCCCCUUCAUUUCGUAUGGACUUUUUCCGUAUAAUAGGGAGAGCCUGUGCUCGCUCCGCGCUCUCCGCUUUGUGCACUUGCUGCACGACUUGGUCAUCGACCUGUACUAG